AUGGCGGAGGCGCUGCGCGAGAGCCACUUCUUCAACCGGUUCAUCAAAAUGAACAUCCCGGACGACUACCUGGACGCGUCGCGCUUCAGAAUCAUCCCAGACAACCAAGAAGUCUACGUCCACAAGUUCGAGGACAAAUGUCUCAUCAUAGAAAUCCUCUGCUUCCAAAAUGUGGAUAUACAGGAAAAGGGAAAAUUCUACUUCUACGAUUUAGCAAAAGAAAACGAAAGUGUGGAAAGUGCCAUCAUAACGAGCAACCAUUCAGUGUCUCACUCGCAAGGGAGCUACAUCCUCCUAGUUGGCAGGCAGAAAAUUAAAAAAGAUAACUCUGGUGAGUAUGAACCUGUUUUACUAUACAUUUGUAUUUUCCCCCUGGAGGAGCACAAUGCAGAUGUGCUAAUAACUUGGAAUGUGCCCAAGGAGGAAAUGAACAUUCAUCCCGAGUGGGACACCUUUAACGAAAUGGUGAAGUCCUUCAGAAUAUUGGACUACAGUUUGUUCGUUUGA